AUGGCGCCGUUACAGAGUCGUAUUCUCGUCGGCUGCGGCUUCAUCUCUGCCGCCCUCGCCGCUGACAACGUCCUAUCAUUGACGCUCUCCGCAUCAGUCCCCAAUAAUGUCUCCGGUACCAUCGACCCGUCAUUCGCCGGCUUCGGUAUCGAGCUCGACCACCUGUUCUACUUCAUGGGCGACGAGACACCAAACGACCUGUCCCUCAACCUCAUCAGCAACCUAGCCAAUUUCACCGGUCGUCCACCGCACAUGCGAUUGGGAGGAAACACGCAAGACUACCUCAUCUACAACGACACACAAGACGAAUGGCUUAUCAAGCCGAACCCCCGCCCUACCGCGCCGGGGAACGUCCCUGCAGACAACUUCAUCGUUGGCCCCCGCUUUAUGGAGAUCGCAAACCGCCUGCCCAAGGGUACGCCCGUCACCUGGGGUCUGAACCUGGGAUAUGCAGAGUCCGACUAUCUCGAGAGGCUCACGACAAUGGUUUCCCAGAUUAUCGACAGGUGCACCAACCUCAAUCUCAUGUCCUUUGAAAUCGGAAACGAGCCAGACCUCUACGGCGACAACGGCUUCCGGCAAAAGAGCUCUUGGUCCGGCACCGAAUACACCAAGGAGUGGCGGGAGCGCGCCAACGCCGUGUGGGAACAGGUCCUAGAACCCCGCGGGCUGCACAGUGACUUCUUUGAGGCAUCUGCCUCGACUGCUUGGGUAGCUGGCACGGGAUUCGAGAUCAAGGAUUUAGUCGAGUAUGGAAUCGACGACAAGGCCAACAGCUCCGACGUUGGCUUCAUCACGACUUGGAAUCAGCACAACUACUUCUACUUUGUCGGAUCUUUCCCGUACCCCUUGACCCUCGACUAUAUGCUGCGCUUCGAGACGACAAAGGCCCAAUUCGACUCGGCGAUUGAGGCUCAAAUCACUCAAGCCGAGAGGACCACGCACCCCUUUGCGCUCCGCGAAAUGUCCGUCGUCGGACCGCUGGGGGUCGAAGGCCUCAGCAACACCUUUGCCGCCGCUCUCUGGACCCUCAACUUCCUCCUCUACGCCACAACGAUCAACAUCUCGUCCGUCCAGUUCCACAUGACAUAUGACAGCAACGCCAGCGCCUGGCAACCAACAGCCAUGUUCGGACGCGACCGCUUCGUCCGGCCGCUCUACUACGGCAUGGCCGCCUUCGCCCAGACCAUUGGCCGCUCGUGCACCGCCCGCGUCGCGCAGGCCGAGAUCACGGACUACCCCUCGGGCUACAACGACUACAUCAAGGCCUGGUCCGUCUACCAGGGCGACUCGCUCGCCUCCCUCGUCGUGCUCAACGGCAAGGUCGCCAACGUCUCUGACGCCAACAAGGGCAGCAUCACGGUUGACGUGACCCUGCCCUCCUCGCUGGCCGGCGAGACGCUCCACCUGGCCUACCUGACCGGCGACGGCGCCGACGCGACGAGCGGAACGACGUGGAACGGCCUCAGCUUCGAGCAGGGUGACGACGGGAAGCUGAGCCAGGUGUCGAGCGACGACAUCACGGUCAAAGUGGGCAGCGACGGCAAAGCCAGCAUCCCCGUCCGCGACACCGAGGCCGUCGUCGCCAACAUCGGCGCCAAGGUCGGCAGCGGGGAGCCCGACAGCACGGCGUGCGGUGGGCUCGCUACCACGUCGCAGGGGGUUGGUACGGCGACCACGUCCACGCCCGGGUCGUCGUCGGGGGGUGGCUCGAGCAAUUCGUCUCCGGGCAAGGGGAAGGAUGACUCCGGCGCGGCGGGGUUGGGUUCGGGAACGGGCGUUUAUAACUGCAUUGCGUGGAGUUUGGUGCUUACUAUGGGAGUCUUCUUCUCAUAA